GUACAGAAUCGCUUCGCGAUGAUUUCUCUAGACUUCCCUCUUCCCUGUGUCAGUGUGCAUGCGUCCAUGCGUUGUGUCUUGUGUUCUCUUACGGCACGUGCGAACAAGUACGAUGAGAUGUGUGCGGCGGGGUCAAUAUAACCUCAAAACGCAUCAUUAUGUAUAAUCGAGCCGCGACAGGCGGCUCGCGAGCGUUUUGAGGUCGUGACUGAAUCACGCGCAAGUUGUCGCCUCGCCGUUGGUUCAAUUAAAUAAAAAUAAGAACAUGGCGAUCGCCAAUAUCUUGCUGCGGUUGGACGUCGGGACGAGGUUCACUGGAGUCAGACGUUUAAGUACAAAGCCAAAAUUUGGUCUAAUUUUUGACAUUGAUGGUGUCAUAGUACGUGGAAAACAAGUAUUGCCACCAGUAAAAGAGUGUUUCAAGCGGCUUCAAGGAGAAAAUGGGAAAUUUCGCAUCCCCACGCUGUUCGUCACUAACAGCGGAAAUUCGCUGCGCAGGCAGAAAGCAGCAGAUCUAUCAAAAUGGAUAGGUUUUGAAGUCGCGGAAUCUCAAGUUGUGUUGGCACAUUCACCAUUGCAAAUGUUUGAUUAUCUUCACAAUAAACAGGUUCUCUUAUCGGGUCAAGGUCCAAUAAAGGAUAUAGCCCGAGAAUUAGGUUUCGAGAAGACAACAACCAUAGAGGAAUUAGUAAAGAAUUUUCCAUGCUUAGAUUAUAUAAAUAUGAAGAAGAGAAAUCCAAUUUGUGGUCCAGUUGAUCCAAAUUUUCCACAAAUUGAGGGGAUCGUGCUCCUGAGCGAACCAAUAAAUUGGGAAACGUCGUUGCAAUUAAUGGUAGACCUCCUAAUUACCAAUGGGAUGCCCAUAGGAUUGCCUACUGCUAUUCCUUAUCCGCACAUUCCAAUAUUGGCGUGCAAUAUGGAUUUGUUAUGGGCAUCGGAGGCGCCAAUUCCCCGAUACGGUCAUGGUGCUUUUUUAUUAUGCCUCGAAAAUCUAUACAAGAAGGUCACAGGCAAAGACAUGACAUAUGCUGCUCUAGUCGGAAAACCUAGUGAGAUUACAUAUUAUCAUGCCAAUCAAAUGCUCGUAAAUCACGCCGAUAGCAUUGGCAUUGAGAACGUCGAUACGAUUUAUGCUAUCGGUGACAACAUCAAUACUGACAUCUUUGGCGCGAAUUUAUACGACAAAUAUUUAUCCCGUUACGAGUCCGGAGAAGGUACUAAGUCCCGCAGUUUGGAAAAACUCCUUGGCAAGAACAUGAGGUGUCCCAACGCAAAGGCCUGCAUUAGUAUUUUAGUCGAGACCGGCGUGUAUCAGCCAGACUCCAAAUUCAGAACUGAUCAUAGCCCUAGGGAUUUCUUGCCGGUUGAUGAUGGCCUGUGUAAGCCGGCGUUUAUCGUGAAGGAUGUCGGGCAAGCUAUCGAUCUCGCGUUUAAAGAAGAAAAGUUUGAAUAAGUUAGCAUACACAAAGUAGAUAGGUAUCACUAGCCUUUACAUCUUUAUAGAGACAAGAACAAAAAAAAAAAA